AUGUCAAAGGAAAAGGGUGAUGAGUGUUUGCAAAACGAUUUCAAUGAAGAAACCGCAAGUUGCACAUGCGGUUUCAUUGGAUUCAGGAGAAACCAAGUGUUUGAUUGCAGCCAAAGCUGCAACAACAGGGAGAUAAGUAAUGUAAAUGAAGAUUCAGAGGAGCUAUUUGAGAUCAAUCUCAAGGAGCCAUUGGAUACAAUAUCAGAAGACUGUGAGAGCAGUGUGUUCUCUUUUGAUAUUCACAACCACAAGGAUAUUGUUCAUGUGGCAGUGGACCAUGCUGGAGAAUCAAGCAUGGAAGCACUUUUAUGGACUUUGAAACAUGCUGUCACACCCUCUACUACUGUUUGUCUUAUACAUAUUUUUCCUGAAAUUAGGCUCAUCCCAAGUCCAUUUGGAAAAAUUCCAAGGAGUCAUGUAAAACCAGAGUAUGUUGACUUUUACUUGGCUCAAAAGAAAGGCCAGAGGAAACUACUCCUUCAAAGGUUCAUUGACAUAUGCAUUGAUUCAAAGGUAAAUGUGGAGGUGUUGCUCAUCGAGGAUAACAAUGUUGCCAAAGCCAUAGUAGACCUUGUUAAUGAUCUUAGCAUAAGGAAAUUGGUGAUUGGAAUUACCAAAUAUACUUUAAGAAGAAGAAAUGCCAUAGCAGAUAAGGUCCUCAAGAAUGCACCCGAAAUCUGUGAUGUUAAAAUAAUAUGCAAUGGAAAGGAAGUGAUUGAUCAGAUGAUUGGUUGCACUUCAUCAUACUCCUCUGACAUUAGCAGUUCCAGAGUUUCACAAGAAGGAGAUGAAUCCCAUCGUUUUGUUCCUCUUAUACGUUUUAUCCCCAAUCCUAUAUGUUUAUUUAGACCCGGAUUUUAA